UAGAGGCAGAGGGAAUGGUACAUACAGAGUAGUGUAGUGUUGUCGGCCAUGUUACAUUAGCAGGGAUGGGAACAAGGCAGCCAGGUACCACCACCAGACCAACGUGCAUAUCAGUGAGCCAGUGUAUUCUGUAUUGCACAUACGGAUGAUGGUGUGUGGAGGGUGCGCUGAUUGAAACAACCAGGGAGAUAUAUCUAUUCUAUAGUGUAAGGAGCAGUGCAGAGAGCAGUGCGCUGACAAACACCACCGAUUCAUAUUGAUACUCAUUGUAUUCGUGUGGAUGUGUCUUUGUGUGUCUGUUUUACACCACCAAUUUAUUAUUUACUGCUAUUUUUAUAAAUCCUGACAAUUUGCUGAAUUUCUUCACAUCCUGCGUAACAUUAUUGAUUGUCAUGGCUAACCGGGGAACGGUAGCCCAGAGGCCAAACGGUACUCAAGGCAAAAUUUGUCAAUUUAAAUUGGUGUUGCUUGGUGAAUCUGCUGUUGGAAAAUCAAGUUUGGUACUCAGGUUUGUCAAAGGACAGUUUCAUGAAUACCAAGAAAGUACGAUAGGAGCUGCAUUUUUAACACAGACAGUAUGUCUUGAUGACACGACUGUUAAAUUUGAAAUUUGGGAUACGGCGGGCCAAGAACGUUAUCACAGCCUUGCUCCAAUGUAUUAUCGCGGCGCUCAAGCUGCCAUUGUUGUUUAUGACAUACAAAAUCAAGACACAUUCGUACGAGCCACAACCUGGGUUAAGGAACUCCAGCGGCAAGCAAGUCCGAGUAUAGUGAUAGCUUUGGCGGGUAACAAAGCUGACCUAGCGAAUAAACGUAUGGUUGACUUUGAAGAAGCUCAAGCUUAUGCGGAUGAAAACGGUUUACUGUUCAUGGAAACAUCCGCUAAAACCGCCAUGAAUGUCAACGAUAUAUUCCUAGCUAUUGCUAAAAAACUCCCAAAGAAUGAACAAACAGGAAGUGCUGGUACAAGUGGCCAAGGUCGUCGAUUAGUUGAAUCCGAAGGGCAAAAAGCUACGACGAGCAACUGCUGCAAGUGAUUGGUCAAAUCCGUAGGUGUCGCGCGUCUUCAUUUAUCGAUGUUUAUGUACUGUGUACUUGUCAAAGUGGCAAGUACAAUGUGUCAAGGGGUACCAAUUGAAUUUGUAAUAAUAAAAAGUGAUCAUCUAAGAUUUAUGAACCACAUGGAGUGUGUUUAAGCAGAAAUAAUGGUAGCUAAUGCUAACUACCAUCAACAAUAAUAAUAAUUAUAAUAAUAUUGAUUAUUAAUAUUAAUAAUAAAAAUAAUAAUAAUAAGAAUAAUAGUAAUGAUAAUCAUAAAAAAAUUUUUAUUCAAUUAUGGUUGCUGCAAUUACUAAUAACAUGGAUGAGAGAACAUUGAAGAUCAGGACGACGCCGACAGUUACCACGACGAUUUAUGACCGAUCCUUUGAAUACUUGAGACUUUUUAAGUGCAAAAAACAAAAUAACAGAAUUAAUAAU